GCUCCUCCUACCGUCGCCAGUUCCCAUGUACGUUCUAUGCGUAAAACAAAACGAGAAGGACGCGGCAAUGAACCACAGACAGUGUAGAAGUCCUAAACCAAAAUGAAAGUAGUAACUGGUGCCCUGUUUGUCUACUGACCUAAUUUGCGUUAAACUUCUCGUUCGCUAUCGGAUGUACAGCUUGAUUACUUAGAUUACUUCCUUGCAAGCUUAGACGUAUGGCCUAUUUUUAUAAUCAGUAGUCGGCUAGUAGCUACCGGUAGCUAAAAAAAUAAAUGUAGAUACUUUAGCUAAAUCGCUAAAUAAAACUACCAGAAUCUUUAGAUUUGGCAGAUUUCCGGGUAGAUUUUCAAAGGUAACUUAAGACAUAAUUUCUGUAAUAUCAUCAGCGUAGGCGUGUGUUUAUUUGUUUUCGCCAUGGACCAUACGGAAACUUUAAGUGGCGACCACGUACCUAUUGUGACUUCCAAUUCACGUGGUCGCGUGUCAUUCUGGAGAAAUGUAAGCGGGUUUUGGUUGCUGGGACUGUGCAACAACUUUGCCUAUGUAGUAAUGUUGAGUGCCGCCCAUGAUAUCCUGAAACAACAGGAGACGCACAACACCACUACCAACACCCUAUCUGCAUCGCUCAUUACACCCGAGGGAAGGAAUGACAGCAACAGCACUCGCUAUGACUGUAACCCAGUUUCUACUGCGGCUGUGCUCCUCGCCGAUAUUCUUCCGACUCUCCUCAUCAAAUUGGCUGCGCCUUUCUUCAUCCACAAGUGUCCUUAUGGGUUCCGUGUGUUGCUGUGUGUUGCUGCGGCAGCUUCCAGUUUCCUGUUGGUGUCCUUCUCUUCCACUGUGGGAAUGAGCAUUCUGGGAGUCAUCUUUGCCAGUGUUAGUUCUGGACUGGGGGAGCUGUCAUUCCUCUCUCUCACUGUGUUUUUUGACAGGACGGUGUUGGGGGGCUGGGGGUCCGGGACUGGUGGUGCAGGGGUGGCAGGAGCAUUACUGUACUCCGCUCUCACACAAGUGGGUCUGUCGCCCCGGGCAACGCUGCUCAUUAUGCUGGUGGUCCCGGCCAUCAUGGCUGCCAGCUAUUUUUUCCUCCUGGAGUUCCCGCCCUCUUUUCCUCAGUGGCGGAGCAGAAAGGGGGAGGGGCUUCUGCGUGACCCCAGCGCUCAGGAGAGACGGCCCCUGAUGACGGAGGUCCCUGACGACGCGGAGCGAGAGCAGGAGGAAGAGGAGGGUGAGCGCGACAGGGUCCCGGAGUGCCGAGGGAAACCAGGAGUGGGAAGAGACAGGAAGGAGAGGGAAAAUAUGAAUGACAUGGAGAUGAUCAGUGGGAUUGAAGAGAAAAGAUUUGGAUGGGAAUUCCAAUGUUCAGCCUCAGGAGAUCCAGGCGAUGCGGGAGAUCUGACUUGCGCAGAAAGACUUGUUGCCCUCCGAGGUCUGCUGAAGUUCAUCAUUCCUCUGAGCGUUGUGUAUUUUGCUGAGUAUUUCAUCAACCAGGGCCUGUUGGAGCUGCUGUUUUUCCCCGGAUAUUACAUGUCCCAUGCAGAGCAGUAUCGCUGGUAUCAGACUCUGUACCAGAUCGGAGUGUUCUUCUCCCGCUCGUCUCUCUUCUGCAUGAAACUCAGGAGAGUUUGGGUCCUGUCUGUACUGCAGUGUGUGAAUGCUGGGCUCCUGACAGUGGCUGUGUACUAUCAGUUUCUCCCCAGUGCACCUGUGGUGUUUGCCAUAGUUGUUUAUGAGGGUCUGCUUGGAGGUGCAGCCUAUGUCAACACCUUCUAUUUCAUCAGCAAGGAGACUGGAAGCAGAGAGCGGGAGUUCGCCAUGUCAGCCGCCAGCGUGGGAGACAGCUUCGGCAUCGCCGUCUCCGGCGUCACGGCCAUCCCGCUGCACAACUACUUCUGCUCUCUGUGAGGGAGGCGGAGACACCGAGGCUUUCCUUGCGCAGGCUCCGCCUCCUUGCACAGGCUCCGCCUCCUCUGCGGCUGUUACAAUGCCGUGCCAUUUGUCGCGGUGCACUUUAAUUGGACAGUGUGUCUGCUUUAACUCUGACAGUUACAGGGGUUGUACAAAAUAACAGAAACACCACACUUCAGAAGUCUGAAGGUCCGAAGUCAAAAGCGGCGAGGUACACAGAUUAAUCACGUUAUUUUGAAUGCCAAUUAUCAGUAUGUUUCAGUUAAAAAAGAGGUCUGACAAUCAACAUUUUGAUAAGUGUACGUUGACCAAUACAUUGCUAAUGUUGAUAGCUGACGGCUGAUUUGUGAAAUCGGCUGCUCCAAAUGAUACCGAUUCAUUUUUCUUUCGGUAUGUCUGUGAUUUUGUCCAACCCCUGUGCUCUUCUUUGUGGGUCUGCUACAACCUGUGUGUUGACACCUACGAUUUAAUUCUGUUGCUGAUAAUCAGCUGUGGAUGAAUUUUCACUAACAGGUGCUGGACUGUGUUUGCUUUUGUAUCUAAUGAUUUUAAAUUGUUUACAUUGGUUGCCGUUUUGAUUGAUGUAAUGAUUGAUUUUUGUCUUUUAUGUACAGCUCUUGGUAUUGAAUGUUUUCCCUGUGAAGGUACUAAUUUGACUUGAUAUUUAACUCCUUAGAAAGGAACAUUUUGCUUUCAUGUAUUUACAAUUAAAUGACCAAAUAAGGAAUGCACAUAGAGGAAAUGGGUUAAUAUACUUUAAACUGACUCAUGUAUAACUGACUCAGUGACAGAAAAGAGCAUUUACACUGUGAAAAUUAUUCUAUUUUUUUUUUUUUUUUUUUACUUCCACUAAGUAAUGGUCCUGUCCUAUCUACUGACUAUGCGUUGUAUUAUUAAAUAGUGUAUUAGAGUUCCAUGGUCUCAGGUUGAAUCUGGACUGUGUCAGUGCUGACUGUGGCCGGUAGCUCCAGAGGGUGAUUUGCAAUUUGCCGAUUGCCUCACCCAGGGUAUGGGAGGGGACAGUCGGGUAUUUAGCGAGCCCCGCUGGCCGUGGCCUGCGGUGUUAAAAGAAGCAGGCUGGUGACACCUGGUGUUUUGGAAGGGAACUGCGGAUGUCUACACUCUCCCAGUUGGGGAGUUGGGACCACAGUUGCACAUAGCAAAUUGGACAUUCCAAAUUAGGGUGGGAUUUGGACAUGUACAGCCCCACGUUGGACACCAAUAUAUAUUUUUCUAAAGUAUCUGCAUAACAAACACUUUUUUUAUUUAAAAGAAGUGUAGACAGGCCUGCCCUUCUAUUUUUAUGUUUAUCUUAAAAUUAUGUUUAUCUUUCCUGGACUUGUGUGGCCUACAGUAAAUUGGCCCAAGCUUUUUUUUAACAGGUUACCAGUUAUAAGGUAGAGGCGGGUGUCUGUCAGUGCUAUCCCCUGUAGUACAAGUUGCAGUUUGUUGUGUGGAAAGUAGUGCCUGGCUCACUAGAGAAUGUACCUGAAAAGUGGACGCACCUGAGCUCCAGGCCUGUCUGGGUGGAUGCAGUAGGUUAGUGGUGAUCUUAGGUGCUUCCAAAUAGGACAGAUAAUGCUUUUUUUGUCUGUGGCUCUCCAUGCUUCCAUACCAGACCGUGAUUUAUGAAGUAGGAAGGAUCUCUACGAUGGAUGUGUAUAACCAAACCAGUUGUUUGACACUUAACUUCCUUGACUAUCUGAAGAAAUACUGUAUUUGCUGCUUUGCUGAUGAUGUCAGUGUCCAUAUAGCAUUUUAGGGAGCUACUGAUGUGCGUUCUAAUAAAUUUAAAUGAUUUUUUAAUGGC